AUGUACUGCCAGUUCCUUAAAAUGGUGGCUCUAUAUGUAAUAGCAAUUAACACAUAGGAGUGACAGACAGAGCAAAGACAGACAUAGUGACAACAGAUGAGAACAAGAACAAGAAGCACAGACAGUGCAGUAAAGGUUGAGAAAUGCUGUACUAUAGUUGCUUAUGUUAUUUUACAUUAGCAUUACUGGGUGGGGAUGUGAAAUGACAGUGCUGAAUUUUUGUCCCAGUCUGCCCCUGGCUAUGCCGAAACGUAUAUAGGCGGACACAGUCAGUUUGUCUAUAAAAUCCACUUGUCGUUCCUCCUCCUCAGUUACUCCGCUCUCCGGGUUUUCUAGCUUGCCUCCUUCUCGUCCMACUCACACACACUGUCAGAGCGCGGAGUUGACAACCUCUGGCCACUGUAGCCGUUGCGAGGCAGCCUGCUCUUUCCUCAGCUGAAGCUCUCAUUGACUCGGGUUUGUGUCCCCAUGCAAGACUGCUGAAGAAGCUCUGAGAAUCAGUUUUUUUCUUCUCUCUUUGCUCCUGACUCACUCAGAUCGGACUCAUCAACGCUUCAUUACUGCAAAGCUCCUAAAGACAAGAGGAUAAAAGUGAACGUUUAAUUUCAAGACUUGUUACUGUCUACUAAUACUCUUCACAAUGUCUGGCGAUGAUGCACCUGCUCAGCAGCAAAACGCCGAGGAAACAAAGCAAGAGAAUAAACCCAGCGAGGAGCCGAAAGCUGAGUCCAAGCCGGAGUCCCCACCAGUCAGUUCCACCGAGGCGGCAGCCACACCGGCGGCGACCGAGAAGGUCCCCGAGGAAGAGCAGUUCACCUACCGCUCUCUGGUCCUUUCCGGCUACGGGGGCUAUGAUAAGGUGAAACUGCAGGUGAAGAAGGGGAAGCCGGCACUCAAGGCCGGAGAAGUCAUGGUGCGGGUCAAGGCAUGCGGGCUGAACUUUGCCGACCUGCUGGCCCGGCAGGGUCUGUACGACCGGCUGCCGUCCCCACCUGUCACGCCAGGGAUGGAGUGCUCCGGGGAGAUCGAGGCUGUGGGAGAAGAGGUGACGGAUAGAAAAGUGGGUGACAAGGUGCUGGUGCUGAACCGCUGUGGGCUGUGGCAGGAGGUGGCCGUGGUGCCCGCUACCCACACGUUCCUCAUCCCAGAGGGAAUGACUUUUGAGGAAGCCGCCGCCCUCCCCGUUAACUACAUCACCGCCUACAUGAUGCUGUUUGACUUUGGCAACCUGAGGCCCAACCAGAGCAUCCUCAUUCACUCUGCUGCAGGUGGGGUGGGCAUCGCAGCCACCCAGCUGUGUCAGACAGUGAAGGACGUCACCGUGUUCGGGACGGCGUCGGCYAGUAAGCACGAGACCAUCAGCCAGGGCGGAGUCACGCACUGCAUUGACUACCGUACAAGGGACUACGUGGAGGAAGUCCGCAAGAUCAGCCCCAAAGGGUUGGAUAUUGUGCUGGAUCCUCUGGGAGGCUCAGACACCCACAAGGCCUACAACCUGCUGAAGCCCAUGGGCAAGCUCAUCACCUACGCCUGAUCCAGAACAACAAGUCAGUGUGUGGCUUCCACCUGGGCUACCUGGACGGAGAGGUGGAGGUCAUCCUGCAGGCCAUGACCACCAUCCUGGACCUCUAUAGGCAGGGCAAGAUCAAACCACGCAUCGACUCCACCUAUCACCUCGAACAGGUGGGCGAUGCCAUGCGGAGAAUGCAGGAGAGAAAUAACAUCGGCAAGGUGAUCCUCAUUACCGAGCCUAUGCCAGAGGAGGAGAAGAAAGAGGAGCCUAAGAAAGAGGAGAAGAAGGAGGACAAGAAAAAGGAGGACAAGAAGAAAGACGACAAGAAGAAGGAUGACUCCAAGAAGGAGGACAAGAAAGAAGAGAAGAAGAAGGAAGAGCCGAAGAAGGAGGAGAAAAACGAGGAGAAAAACGAGGAGAAGAAAGAGGAGAAGAAGGAGGAGCCCAAGAAAGAGGAGAAGUGAGAGUGAGGGAUUGAUGGAUGGAUGGUCAGGCAGGCAGACCAUAGGGGAGCUCUUGUCCUGGGAGCAGGGGUUUGGUUUGGGAGGGGGUGACAAGGCAGGGGAAAUGUGGUGGGGGAGGGAUAGGGAGGUGUGGUGUGUGUGUGGAUUGGAGUUGGGAGAGCGGGGGAUGGGGGUGGGCUUUAUAGACACAUUGCACAGCAGUCAAUCUGUCAUCCCUACCAUCAUCUCUCAGACCCCUUCCCAGUCCACUCUGACAGCGAAUACUCAGGCCUGGGCCUUUACCCACCCCUCCCCCUCCUCCCCUCUCUCUCCUCCCCCACUCAAGCAAGGGUCACUUUAUUUCUGAAUCCCUCACGCUCCCUCAUCCCAGUGCACCUUAAUGAUAGCCGGGCUCACAGAACAGCUCCCACCCUCACCUCGCCACCAUGGGAAAAUGACCCCUACGAUACGCUCUCCUUUGACUCAUGUCAUAACAGUCUGAAGGUGUUGCCUGUUGAGACCCCAGAGAGAGUCCGAGAGAGAGAGAGAGAGAGACACAGAGGGACGGUGUGGGUGUAAUUCCCAGGCCUGGGGUGCAUCACCGUUGCCUUGACAAUGAUAAUUCGACCCGUUCCAACUCACACAGUGCCCCUCCUCCCUCCAUGUCCCUCUCCAUGUCGACUCCCACUAUGCUAGAUUGCCCUGCGCUGACUUCCACCUGUCACCUCUCCUUCCUCCCCUCUCCCUCUAUUGAGUUACCCCUACCCUUCCCCUCUCCCUAUGGUAUAAACCCACAGACAGACAGACAGACAGACAGACAGAACCACACCCACCAUCUCACAUAGUGUUUCGUUAUGUCACUGUGCAUGAGUCAGUCAGUGUUUGCUUGUCUGUGAUUGGCUAUCAGCUCCCCUGGAGAUGUUUGCAUGGCUGUGAGAUGCUUGACUCCAAAGCCAGUGGUUACAGAACUCCCCUGUCAAUCACCACUACCCACUCUUUAUUUAAGUAUAUAAAGAAAGGUUAGUGGCACGUCCCUUAAAUGCCAUGGCACUUCUAGUAUCACACAGCUCCGCCCUCACAGCUGAGCCCACACUACAAAUCCCAUAAUCCUAGAGGUGACGCACGAGAGACCAGACAAUAGCGUGUGACAGGAUGAAGCUCCAGACAGAGAAUUAAUGAGCCAUUUGGUCCAGUAUUAAAUAGGGAGGGAGAAAUCAGGGCUUAGUUUUGGUGCUCUAUAGUCACGGAUGUUUCUAAUGAACCAACUGUUGGCAAGCAGUGCACAGUGUCAAUUAGGAGAGAAAAUUGUCUCCCUUCAAACAAGGCGCACAAACACACACACACACACACACACAGGAUGAUGUGUUCAAAGAGGCAGUGUUGUGUAGAGACACGAAGACAUGUGACCGGAGUAAGAUAGAGUUGAAUGGCGUCCAGUUCCUUGAUAUCAGACUCUAUUCCUCCCCUGACGUUCCAUGGCAUUCCACUCCUUUCACAUUGACCGCUCGCCUGUCGUUCACCCUGAUCUGGAACAGGGGAGUUUAGAAGGGUAAAAAAAACUCCUGCUGCUGUGCAUUCUCACCCGUCCCUCCCCCUUCUCCUUUCUCUACAUCUCUCUCUCUCUCUCUGUCUCUGUGGUCGGCAUAGCAACAGGCACCAGGCUCGUCAGAGAUGGCGCUCUGGUCUAUUUCUCGGUCUAUCUAGAGUGAGUGUGUGAGUGAGCAGUAAAUUGUCUAAUGAAACCUCGGCUUUAGUAUUAAAGUUGUAGUGCAGAGCAGUAAAAUCAGGCUAACAUCCUAGUUUCUACACUCUGGAAAUAUUUCUAUUUGUAUCGGUAUAUUAUGAGGACAUUCAAAUCCCAUAUAGCCUGUGUGGUGGUGGCACACCUAGGGCCACAAUCAGUAGUUGGCCUCUCCCAUAUGAAUGCACUGCUGCCCCUUGUGGACAUAAUUUAGAACAGCAAGACUGGUUUUCAGAAGUUGAUUAUAGGCGACUCCUUUGUAUCAAUAAAGCGGGGUUUUGUUGUCGUCCUCCUCUAAAUUAUAUUGAAUUAAUCUGAUAUUCAUUCUUACGUCAGAGAUUAAUUGUCUAUAAUAAACUAUGGACGGAAGCUAAACCUGUUAUGUGCAGGAGUCCUGCAGUACGGACUUCAAAAACACCCCACUACUAUCCAUUUGGAAAUAUGUGAGAAUCCAUGCUCUUUACACACUUGUCUGUCUGCCUGCCUGUCUGUGAAGRGUCUCAGAUGGUGACUAGUGACUUUGUAAAGAAGUUGUUGUGUUAGCAUGAGUGGCCUCCCUCAUGUUGUGUGUCAGUCAUUGUGUGUGAAGAUGUGUGUGUCCUCAGGUCGUUUGUCAGGUUAAAAAAAGACUCCCACCUCCUCAACCCCACUACAACCUCCCCUUCCUUGCACUCUUUAUCUGCUUCACAGCUGUCUAGCUCUAAUCCUUUGUUUCUCUCUCUCUCUCUCUUUCUCUCUCUCCUCCCCUUCUCUGAUGAGGCCAAUGUUAAGAGGACAGUUGGUAUAGGUAUUUUGCACUCUGCUCGCUGAUCUUAAUGCACUUCCAGGCAUGGCAGUCCCACUCCAGUCCCGCUGGCUCUGAGUCCGCUCCGCUCCUUCCC